CUCCUCAGCCAAUCGGAGAAGAAUGCAUGUGGCCCAACAGGUUCAGUUAGUAUGACACUGUAAAUGAUACCAUUUAAAUUUUAAAUAUAAGUCCGUUUUCAUUUUACAGCGAUAAGCUAACUACUGUUUGGAGCUUGUUUACUGACGCGUUUUUGGGUAGACCUUUGUACUGCUUAAAGAAAGUGUGCGGGAAAGUGAAACUGAGCUGGUUUACUCUCAGCACCACUGGAGAAUGCUAGUCGGUGUUAGCCGGAUAGCUCUGGAGUCGUACAGUCGUAGUAGUGACUGGGAAGCAGCCGGAGGAGACUGUUUUCUAGACGGCUAGCUUGAUGGACCUGCCCUGUCUCGCAUGUAAACACCGGGAAUAAAAGCGCAAAAGGCCACACUCCGCAAAGAGGGCGGCUAGUUUUCAUUCAAGGAGGAGCUGCUGCAGCUGUAUGAGCUCCUGACAUGUUUAUGAUGUGUCUAAUCCACUGAAAGGUCAUGCGAGUCUCCCUCGCCUGCGUCCACUGACGCUUCACGCCUUGACCUUUUCAACGGACUGCUCCUGUCGCCUCUCCCUUGGCCAGCGAUGCAGCCAUGAGCUCGGCGCUGUGGAGCCAGGAGAAGCCGGCGGGCGGCUUCCGCGAUGACUGGCACUUCUACAUGGUGGUGAAGGAAUGUGUGGUGGAGAAGCCACCUCAGAAGACACUGCGCAUCCCGCGUGGCAGCCUGGGUCAGGCAUGCCAGGAGCGCAACAGCCUGGGCCGUCCACUGCCGCCCAGCAAGGGCAAGCGCAGCCUGCGCAUCCUGGAUCAGACCAACGUGGUGGUGAGUGUGGAUGAGCGCGAUGUGCUGGAGCUGGAUGAGAAGCUGGCUGAGCUGCUAUUCCCAAUCACGAAUUGCGAGGAACGCUAUGGCCUGCUGUGCAACAAGCCCCGCCUGGACAGAGCCCGUGAGAUUGACUGUGGCUCCAAAGUUCGCGUGCAGCUGCGUUCCGGUGAUGAGCCUCUACCGGGUGUCGUCAGGUUCAAAGGGGCUCUGCUGCCUGACCGAGCGCUGUCUGGGAUAUGGUUCGGCGUGGAGCUGCUGGAGGAAGGUCGUGGUCAGGGUUUCACCGAGGGUUCGUAUCAAGGCCAGCAGCUCUUUCGAUGUGAGGACGAGUGUGGAGUCUUUGUCGCACUCGAUAAACUUGAGCUGUGGGAGGAUGAGGAGCUGGAGGUGGAUCAUGUGACCCUAGAGGAUAAUGACCUGGAAGGGGAAGGAGAUUUCCCACCGCUGGAGAUCAACUCUCGUGUGCUGGUGCAGACCCGGGAAGGGCCCGAACGAGGGACUGUCAUCUUCUGUGACCUGUUGCCUGGCAAUGAGACACUGGGCUAUUAUGUUGGUGUCGAUAUGGACAAUCCUAUUGGAGACUGGGACGGCGUGAUCGACGGGAAGCUGCUGUGUAAUUUCGCCAGUCUUGAGCACACCCGUCUCGUGCCCAUCUGUGACGUCAUGCCAGAGUACUCCCUGCAGGACCCAAGGCUGUCCAAACCCAGCUUUACUUCGAGAGGAAGUGCUGAUAAGUCUGGCAGCCAGGGCAAACCAAAGAACAAAGGGUUAGGUCUACAGGCUGCCAGCAGAAGCAAGUCUGAGUUUUAUUAUACGCUAAAUGGCAGCUCUGUCGAUCAUCCGGCCCAGUCCAAAUCCAAAAGCACAUGGUACAUAGAUGAAGUCGGUGAAGACCCAGCCAAGUCCCUGACGGAAACUCCCCCCGAUUUCAACCAGGCUUCACCCCCUCCCAGAGCUCCGUCCACUGUGACCUCGCUGUCCAGCGACAACAAGUUCCACUCGCUGCCUUUCAGUCUGAAUCGCAAGAGUGGGCCUAAUGGGAGCAUGAGCCACGGUCCACUCUCCCUCUCCGUCCAAUCGGUGAUGGGAGAGCAGCAGGAGGCCCCGCCUCCUGUGACAGCCCCUUCCCCUAGACCAUCGUCUCCUCCAAAGGAUCAGCCAGGGUUAGAGGUGGGGUCACUGGUAGAGGUGAAGGAGAAUCCCCCUCUUUGUGGGGUGAUACGCUGGGUCGGCCUGCCGCCUGGACUACUGGAGCCUCUUGCAGGGCUGGAGCUGGAAGAAGAGUGUGUAGGAUGCACUGAUGGCACAUUUAAAGGCACACGUUACUUUACCUGUCCUCCGAAGAAAGCUCUGUUCGUCAAACUGAAAUGCUGCCGACCUGAUUCUCGCUUCCCCUCGCAACAUCACUCGCCCAACCCAAUCGAGCGCUGCAAUUCUAUAGCGUUUGGGGGUUACCUGAGUGAGGUAGUGAACGAAAACACUCCUCCUCGAACGGAGAAUGAUGGGUUGGAGGUGAUGGUGGGGAAGAAGAAAGGCAUUCAAGGCCACUACAACUCCUGCUACCUGGACUCAACACUGUUCUGUCUCUUCUCAUUUAGCUCUGUGUUGGAUACAGUAUUACUGAGGCCAAAAUCUAAGACUGAUGUAGAGUACUACUUAGAGACACAGGAACUGCUACGCACUGAGAUAGUCAACCCACUGCGCAUACACGGCUACGUGUGUGCAACUAAGAUCAUGAAGUUGCGGAGAAUUCUUGAAAAAGUGGAGGCAGCAUCAGGCUUCACCUCUGAGGAAAAAGAUCCUGAAGAAUUCCUCAACAUUCUUUUUCACCACAUUCUGAGGGUCGAUCCACUGCUCAAAUUACGCUCUGCAGGACAGAAGGUUCAGGACUGUUACUUCUACCAAAUCUUCAUGGAUAAAAAGGACAAAGUGCUUGUGCCUACUAGCCAGCAAUUGCUGGAGUGGUCCUUCAUCAACAGUGACCUCAAAUUUGCUGAGGCUCCGUCCUGUCUGAUCAUUCAGAUGCCUCGGUUUGGGAAGGAUUUUAAAAUGUUUAAUAAGAUUUUUCCAUCCCUGGAGCUGGACAUCACAGAUCUUCUGGAAGACACACCCAGAGAGUGUCGUAUCUGUGGGGGUUUAGCUCUUUAUGAGUGCAGGGAGUGUUAUGAAGAUGCUGACAUCACAGCUGGGAAGAUUAAGCAGUUCUGUGAAAAGUGCAAUACGCAGGUGCAUCUGCACCCGCGGCGCAAGAACCAUCGGUACGGUAAGCUAUCAGUGCCUAAAGAGCUGCAGGAGGGGGUCUGGCGACAGGGUUCCUUCCCCCACCAGCAGAUGGAACUGUUCGCUGUGCUCUGCAUCGAGACCAGCCACUACGUCGCCUUCGUCAAAUACGGCGCCGCCGACUCUGCCUGGCUCUUCUUCGACAGCAUGGCUGACCGAGACGGUGGACAGAAUGGUUUUAACAUCCCACAAGUGUCCCCGUGUCCUGAAGUGGGGGCGUACCUGAAGAUGACUCCAGAGGAACUGCACGCCCUGGACCCCAAAAACAUCCAGGGCUAUGCCCGCCGCCUGCUCUGUGACGCUUACAUGUGCAUGUACCAGAGCCCCACCAUGAGCCUCUACAAAUAGACGAAGAGAAUGGAAAGAAGGUUUGGGAUUGAAGCCAAAUAGGAAGAGAGACGUACAGAAAGAGAGAGAGAAUUGGAAGGGGAGAGAGAGAGAGAUGGAGAUAAAAAGACAAUAAAAAGCUGACAGGUGAAGAGAAUAAAUGAUGGCGGCACACUGCACAAGAUGCCUGCUCUCUCGUGACAUUGCAAAGAACCAACACUCCCUAACCUGUCGUAUCAUUUAUGCCUGAUUCUCUCUGUAUAUAGUCAAAAAGUAUGAACAGGGCAAGGGGAACGGAAAAAAGCUGAUUUGCACUGUUUUUGUGUGUGCGUGUUCUGUAUAUGUAUGUAUGCGUGUAUGUUCGAGUGCUGUUGUUUCUGUCCUCUGUGUUGUAGGCCGUGGAUGAACACCAACCCCAAAAAAAACCCCAUAGUGACUUUGUUUUAUCGCCCCAGUAUAUGACAAAGAAACUGCUGUAAUAAAUACUCAUUUGAAACGCAGCUGUAACAGGUGAUCUAUAGCACAUCUAUACCAGCCACUCAGUGUGCAUGGGACACGACUCAUCCCUGCUAUCCUGCCGAAUGGAUGGACAUGUCUCUCUCUCCCCCCAUAUAAAUGGAACAGGGCUCAACCAGGAGUCCUCAUCCUUCAACCUUUGUACCUAUAAACCCAUCUAUAAACGCAUCAGAUGCACGGCAGAUCUGUCGACUGUAGUUUAUGAUACCUGGUGUCUCUGCUACUGGUUUCAGCCUCCAUAUUUAGCUGUGAUGUCCUUGUCCUGUGUACCAACCUACAGCACAGUAUUGGUGUAUGAAAGCUUGAAGGAGACACUUGGCUUGACGUCCAUAUUGAAUGGAACUGAGAUACUGUCAUAAAGCACACAAGUAUUUUCUGAAUAUGGUAACAGUUGGUGAUUAUUCAAUCGGGAGUAUUGAAUGCUUUCCCCAUUGAGCUCGGCCUAUAAGAGAGGAGUUUAAAACAGGUAUAAUUGGCAUUACCUGCUUCUGAUAUAGGUAUAUAUGCAUAUAAUGUGCUCUAAAUUCUUGCUUAUUUUAAUACCAGCUAAAUUAUUGCUCCUUAAGUGCAUCAGUGUAUGUGAGGGUGGUGGCACGACCAAACCAUGUUUUGGGGUCCCUCAGGAGAAUAGCAAUUGCAUCUCAUCUCAUAAAUCAGUCCUGGGUCAGAAAAUACAAAUGUUUUUGAAAGUCUUUCCAUCCACAAAUCAAAUGGCUAUAUAAUUUCUUGCAAAUAACAGUUUAGAGAUCAGCGGCUUCACUCUGUUACAGUACUGCAGUGAAAUGUAAAUGGUAUGUUUUCUACUGAGCAAAAAUGAAUUGGGUCGGCGUCAUGUAUCCUGUGAAAAUCAGCACUGUAUAACAUAUACAUGCCAUCAUUAAUGAGAUGGCAUGUAUAUUCAUCAUAAAGAGGCAACUUUAUUUUUUUUGUUUAGUUAUAUAUACUGGAAAAUAAAACAUAAAAUAUAAAAUGUGCAGUAAUUUUUGCACAAGCCAUUUUUUUGUUUUAUUUUUUUCCCUGUAUGUUACAUUCAGCAGAUAAACAAUAGUUGCACAUUAAAUUGUGUAAAACUUUAACGUACAACUGUAGCUUUACAUUCGAUAAAGCAAGACUAAUUAUGCUGUCUCAGGCUAUGUUCAUGCUACCAGUGUAAAGUGACAAUUUUUUUGCCUUUGGUGAUGGAUGAUUGGAUGUUUUCAGAGCUGCAUGGGCACAAAUCUGGUCUUUUCACAUCAGAUUUAAACUACUUUCUUAUGUGGUCAUAGAUACAUAUCCAUUUGAUGGCCAUGCGACCAGAUCAGAAUUCAUAUUGGGUUUCUUUCAUUUUUUUCAUUUUUUUUUUUUUUUCCCAAAAAAUAUGCACCGUUAUUUAGUGUUAACAUGGCAGCUUAACUUGAAGUUUACACCUAUAAUCACUGCAAAAGCAAUGCAUCUGAUCUUUUAUCUUAUUAUCUUCUCACAAAGGCUUGUUCUGCUAGCUUGAUUGUAUGUUGUUGGUCAUGAUGUACGUGGCUUAUUCAUAUGACCUGAGUUGGAGGUGCACAUGCAGGUCAUUUCAAGGCACAGGUUCGUUCACAUUAAUGAAAUACGAGUUAAUUUCUCAUGCUAAUGUGAACCGUCAAGUUGGAAAGAUCGGAUCUAAAAAGUUGAACGUAGCCUUGGACUGCCGCAAUUGCCAGGAUUCAAUUGCUGUCUCCUGAAAAUAAGGCAAAAUUACCACAUGGAGUCCCUUCGAAACCCUUCGAGUCCUUUCCCUUAUUUUAACAAAACAUGCAGUUGGUCAGUGUUGUGGAAGUAGUGACGUUUAUCGUGAUCACGAUAUAUCGUCAUUAUCGCCCAGUCCUAAAGAGAUCAAACGUUUUGUGUGUUUUUGGAGUGUUGAUCUAUGGUCAGUUUUUGUCUUUUAUACUUUGCCAUAUUUAUGAAGGAGAAUUUUUUCCAGACUGGUCAGUUUCCUCACGUCCAUAUAAUCAUAUUCAUUAUGUUAAACAGGAUAAAUACCUCACCCUGGAUCAACACUCGUGGCCUAAUGUUUCCAGAAAGGUCUUCAUUUAUACUGUAGCUCAUUCCGGGAUUCAGCAUCACAUGAUCAUCACUGAGGCAGUAAAGCUAUCUAAUCAUGGCAUAACCAGUGAAGGUAUUGACACAAACUUGUGUAAUGGCCGCACAGACCAGGCGUUGCUCAUUACUGGACAGCAUGGCUGAAGCUGGUGAACUGUACAGGCUGGUGAUGGAGAUUUCAUGUUGUUCAGGGAGAAUAGGCUGUAACUGGUGUACCUGUUCAAAUCGAUCCCUGGUUAAGUUUCUUCUGUUUGUGCCGUUCUUGUAAAUGUUAACUAAAUUAAAACCCUCUUUUGAAAAGAA